AUGAGUACUGAUCUUUGUCCAGUAUAUGCACCAUUUUUUGGUGCUAUUGGUUGUGCAGCAUCAAUUAUUUUCACCUCUUUAGGGGCAGCUUAUGGUACUGCUAAAUCAGGUGUUGGUAUCUGUGCAACUUGUGUAUUAAGACCUGAUUUAUUAAUUAAAAAUGUUGUUCCUGUUGUUAUGGCUGGUAUUAUUGCCAUUUAUGGGUUAGUGGUAUCAGUCUUGAUAUCUUCUUCUUUAACUCAAAAACAAGCCCUAUAUACUGGGUUUAUUCAACUUGGUGCUGGUCUAUCAGUUGGUUUAAGUGGAUUAGCUGCUGGUUUUGCUAUUGGUAUUGUAGGUGAUGCUGGUGUUAGAGGUACUGCACAGCAACCAAGAUUAUUCGUUGGUAUGAUCUUAAUCUUGAUUUUUGCUGAAGUUUUAGGUUUAUAUGGUUUAAUUGUAGCUUUACUACUGAACUCAAGAGCCACACAAGACGUUAUAUGUUAA